AUGGCUCCAUCUGUCGCAUCUAAACGAACGUCCAAACGAUUCUCAACCUUUAGCGGAGUCUCGUCUCUCGCAGCCUCUGACAGCACCUCACACACCAACGCAUCAUCAUCGAAUGGCGAUCCGCGGAUGCAGGAGAUCAAAGAGUGGACACAAGGCUUUGAUCGCUUGGAGCAGAAACGUCUACAGCAGCAACGAUACCAACCUACACCGGAAAAGACCGAUAGCCUCAGCAAGCUGGCCUUGGGGGCAAAGGUCGAGCGCGCACUUGGUCGGAGGAUGACGGAUCAAGACGCGACAUUCAGACCGAAGUUGAUGGACGAGAAGGCGGGAAUGGGGAGGUCACGGCUACGAUGA